AUGAUCGAUAGAGAAGAAGUGUCGGACAUCUCUCAUCACGUGCUCCUCAACCACAUGGCAGCAGCUGACAUCGAUUAUAAACCCAGCCGAUUGCUUGUUGUGGCUCGACAUGUCGUAGCUUUCAUCAGAGAAUUUUUUGAUCAAAACCCUUUGAGUCAGAUUGGAUUAGUUACAUUGAAAGAUGGGAUAGCACAUUGCCUAACAGAUCUUGGCGGAAGCCCAGAGUCACACAUAAAUGCUUUGCAGAUUAAGUUGACGAGCUCGGGGGAUGCGUCACUCCAAAACGGCCUUGAUCUUGUCCAAAACCUUUUGAAUCAAAUUCCCACAUACGGCCACCGAGAGGUCCUCAUUUUGUAUUCAGCUCUUAGUACCUGUGAUCCUGGUGAUAUUAUGGAGACAAUUCAAAAAUGCAAAACAUCCAAGAUCAGGUGCUCGGUUAUUGGCCUCUCGGCUGAGCUCUACAUCUGCAAGUAUCUCUGUCAAGAAACAGGUGGUAUAUACUCAGUGGCGCUAGAUGAGUCCCACUUAAAAGACUUGGUGUUUGAACAUGCACCUCCACCACCUGCUAUUGCCGAAUUCGCAGUCGCAAAUCUGAUCAAGAUGGGCUUUCCUCAGCGAGCGGCAGAAGGUGUAAUCUCAAUCUGUUCCUGUCACAAAGUGGCUAAGGCUGGUGGGGGCUACACUUGCCCGAGAUGCAAAGCACGUGUUUGUGACUUGCCCACAGAGUGCCAGAUAUGUGGGUUGACCCUUAUAUCUUCUCCCCACCUGGCGAGGUCUUAUCACCACCUUUUUCCAAUUACCCCGUUCGAUGAUGUGCCUCCGUCAGUCUCGAACAACCAACGUCAUCUUACCAAAAACUGCUUCGGCUGCCAGCAAAGCCUCCUGAAUCCUGGUACGUGUCGGGCCAAAAAGCUCUGUUUUGUUGUUAAAUCCGUAGUUAAGCAGGUUUUCUUGCUUUGCUUUCUCAAGUUACUUAUUACAUGUGGUCUUAAUUAUAAUUUGUGUUCACCUUAUAUUCGUUCUUAUUUAGAGCAUGGAUGA